AUGCGCGAACGCGUCCGCGAGCUAGUCGACGAAUACAUCUACAAAACUUUCGACACAGCCUCCAAAUCAAUCAGCAUCAACGGCAUAGACUCCACAUCCUCCCAAUUCCCAUUCCCAGCCGCCUUCACAGAGCCAGUUGAGCAAGUGGAGUACGAGCCAUAUGACAGCGAGCUCGCGGGACGCGUUACAUCACUAUAUGCGCAGCUAGAGUCGUUAAAUACGACAGUUGCGCUUCAGAGACGGGAUGCGCCUAGGCGCGCAGCUAAGGAAUAUGCGGCGCAAUUGAAGAAUAUGAUUCAGGAAGAUGAGGAGUAUGAGGUUGAACUUGAGGAUGCGUUGUUAGGGCGUGGAGAGUCGGAUCAUGAUUCGGAUCGCAUGGAUGUUGAUUCUGCCGCGAAUGCGGGUAGCAAGCGGGAUCCGGCUUGGAAUUUGGAGGCGAAGUUGGGUUCGGAGGUUGAGGGGGAGAGGUGGAGGGGUGGGGACUUUGCGGGGGUUUAUGAGGAUACGCUGCGGUUGUUGUUGAGGUUGCAGGGUGAGGGUGAGGAUGUGGAGGUUGGUGAGGGUGAGGCUUUGGCGACGACUGUUGGGAAGGUUGAGCGUGCUGGGCGUGCUGCUGAGGUUGUGGAAGAGAUGAUGAAAUGA